GCUCAAACCGCACGCCUCCUGCCAUCACGGUUGAGCGUCCCGUCAGCGUGUGUUACGAGGAGCUUUUACCUGCAGGUGGAAAAUGGCGAGCUGGUGUGUACGUGCAGUGAGACAGAGCUACUCACUGGUAGCUUCACCCGCGCUGAUCAGAGCGUCUCCGCGAUUGUUAUGUACUGCCACCCAGCAGAAGAAUGGCCACAGGUCAGAGGAGGAGGCUGAAAAGCCAGAGCAGAGUUCAGCAGAAAAAGUCCUGAUGGAGGAGAAGACCCAGCUGGAGGAUCAGCUCAAGGACAUGACAGAAAAGUACAAGCGGGCCUUGGCAGACACAGAGAACCUCAGGACGAGGAGUCAGAAGAUGAUCGAAGAUGCUAAAUUAUACGGGAUCCAGGGCUUCUGUAAGGACCUGCUGGAGGUGGCCGACAUCUUGGAAAAGGCCACAGAAAGCGUGCCCAAGGAGGAAGUCACCAGCCACAACCCCCACCUGAAGAACCUGUAUGACGGCCUGGUGAUGACCGAGGUCCAGAUCCAGAAGGUGUUUACAAAGCAUGGCCUUGUCAAGCUCAACCCUGAGGGCCUGAAGUUCGACCCAUAUGAGCACGAGGCCCUCUUCCACGCUCCCGUGGAGGGCAAGGAGCCCGGCAGCGUCGCAGUGGUAACCAAAGUAGGGUACAAGCUUCACGGUCGCACCCUCAGGCCAGCGUUGGUGGGUGUCGCCAAAGCCCCCUAAAAACGAUGAUGUAACCGUGACAAAGUGUGAUUUGUUUUGUUGCCUGGGUUAUGGAUGAUCAGGUACAGCAGACUGGUCAAGGCACCCUGCCACACCUUACCCUGCUUACCCUAAGGUGCCUAAAAGAGAAGAGGAAGUUAACUGAACUGAAGCCAACUACAUCUGGACAAUAUCCACCAGCUUUUAACAGAUGCAUCACACUUUGUCUGGCACAGGACAGUCUUUACAGGAACAUUUCAGUUCAUCAUCAGUCUUUUGUCAGAGGUUGUUAAUAAAAUAAACUCACCAGAUCACAGCCGCCAUCUUAACUGGAAGAGAAGAAAGACGUGAUGUUUCACAAAAAGUUGAGCCGACGAUCGUAAAUCCCUCUAGAUCGAAGACCUAUUUUGGGUGAGCUACGAUCUGAAAUCCAUCCACAAAUUUGAGCAGUGUUAAUUCUGAACUGCUGGUAUCAUUCCGGACUUUUGUUUAAAGCCCUAAUAAUGUUGAACUUGACUCCUCAGUUGUCUUUGAGUUUUAAAUUCAUUCUGUGAAUAAAGUAAGGGUCAGUACUUGAGAAUCUGAAGAACGGUCUGAGAUGCUGCAUUGGACUGAGGCGGGCUUGACUAAAUCUUAAACAUCUUGAUCAGCCAGCCUCAGUCAUUGUAGCGUCUCUACAACACUCUUCAGUCAUGUAACAGCUUUAUCUGUAAACCAUUAGAAUAUGCGUGGACCAUUGUCCAGCUGUCAUGCAUCAGAAUAAACUGAUCAAGUUUGAA